AUUAUUUAUAGUGGUCACACUGAUUUCCUUACUGUCUCCACAUGUCAAACCAAUUUGCUUCCAACAUGUUAAAAAAUUUUAUUUUAUAAUUGGGUUUAGAUUUAUUGUGUACUUCUGAUUAUGGAAUUAAUGCUCACUUUUUACAAACAAUUCAGUUAUUCAGUUAUGUUACAUAAGGGGCUUAUAAGGAAGAAAGGUAAAAUAGCCCCAGCAUCACUGUUAAUAUUUUGGGGAAAUAGUAUAUUUUAGCAAAAUUUUAUAUUUUAGCAAGAUUUUUCCUGUGUGUAUGUAUGUAUGUGUGUGCAUGUGUGUGUACUUUUCUUCCUGCAGAAUAGGAAUUGCACUAAUUGAUCAUUAAAAGGACACAGAGAGUCUGUCUUGCUAUUUUUAGCGAAUUACCCAUACUCAGGUUUCACUUAAAGAAAUCCUGGGCUUCAGAGACAAAAGCCAGAGUUGAAAGAGAAUUGGCUUUUAUAUUUAGAGAAAUGUGGAUUCCAAACACAGCUCUGACUCUUACUAACCGGGGAUUGGGGCAAGGAACUUUACUUUGAGCCUCCAUUACCUCAUCUGUUGAAUGGAGAUAACUACAUCACAUGAUUAAAUGUUAAUGUGAUAUAGGGAUCUUCAUGUGGAAGAUCCUAAAAAUAUCUAUUUUUGUUGUUGUCAUGGGCAACCAUGACAUAAAUUAGCAACCAUCGGCAUAAAUUCGCACCUCUCAGCCUUGAUAUUCAGAUACUGGGGUGGUCAGUGACUUCAUGCAGGAAAGAGUUUAGAUGAUCCUGAUUAGGAAAUAGAGGUUGGUUGGAUACAGAAGAUUCUGGGGGCUAUGAUUCUGGCAAGUGCAGUUUUUCAGUGGGAAAGGCUGCCUGCUGUUUUCUGCCUUCAUGUCUGCAGAGUGUGGGCAUAUUCCCAAGCCAUGAAUGAUGUUCGGGUUUGGAGGGGGCAGCCCCUUCUCAGCCCUAAAGUGGGCAUGGACGGAAGAGGAUCUGCUCAGGGCAGGACUUAACAAUUUAGUCUCAGCCACAGAUCAGCAUCAUCAGAAACUGGGGUGGUCCAGAAACCUUUCUGCUGGAAUGUCUGAUCUGGCUCCAUGCAGGAGGCCUCUGCUCAGUAUCUACGCUUGCUCAGGUGGUUCCCCAUGGUAUAGGAAGGGUGUGGCUUUAUCCAGACUCCUUGUUGUCUCUCCUAGUUUGUAUGGGGUUGUAAGUAGAAAUGAAGUAAAAACAGGAUCAUAUUAACAUAAAUCAUUUUGGGAAUUCUUAGCCACAUCUGGUCUCAAAGUCACUUGUUCCUUCCUCAGCCCUGGCUUUUCUGAACUCUAUGCUGCUCUAAUUGAGGAAGUCCAAGGAAAACUGACAAGUUGAUACAGUUCUAAAACCAUGGCCCAUGUGUCCUUGGCUUUCAGGGAUGUGGCCAUAGACCUUUCCCAAGAGGAGUGGGAGUGCCUGGACCCUGUGCAGAGAGACUUGUAUAAGGACGUGAUGUUGGAGAAUUACAGCAACCUGCUCUCACUGGGAUGUGCCAUUCCUAAGCCAGAUGUGAUUACUUUAUUGGAGCAAGAGAAAGAGCCCUGGGUGGUAAUGAGAGAAGGGACAAGAAAUUGGUACCCAGAUUUGGAGUGUAAGUAUGUCACCAAGAAUUUAUUUCCAGAAAAGGAUGUUUAUGAAAUGUAUUUAUCUCAAUUGCAGACAGUGGAAAAAAGUAAAACUUACAUCCACGAGGACACCAUUUUCAGAAAUGAUUUGCAGGACAAACAUGAAUUUGAGAAACAAGAGGGACAUCAGAUGGGAUGCAUUAGUGAAGUGAUAAUCCAAAAACCAAUAUCUCUUCCUCUACAUCAGAAAAUUCAUACUAGAGAGAAGUCAUAUAAUUGUAAGGAAUGUAGGAAGGCCUUCAGACAACAUUCAUACCUUAUUCAACAUCUGAGAAUUCACACUGGUGAGAGACCCUAUAAAUGUGUGGAAUGUGGAAAGGCCUUUUGUCGAGUGGGAGAUCUGAGAGUACAUCAGACAAUCCAUGCUGGUGAGAGACCCUAUGAAUGUAAAGAAUGUGGGAAGGCCUUUAGACUUCAUUAUCACCUUACUGAACAUCAAAGAAUACAUUCUGGUAUAAAACCCUAUGUGUGUAAGGAAUGUGGGAAAGCCUUUAGUCAAAUUAGAGACCUGAGAGUACAUCAGACAAUUCAUGCUGGGAAGAGACCUUAUGAAUGUAAAGAAUGUGGAAAGGCCUUUAGACUUCAUUAUCAGCUUACUGAACAUCAAAGAAUUCACACUGGUGAGAGGCCUUAUGAAUGCAAGAUUUGUGGAAAAGCCUUUAGGGUACAGCGACAUGUUAGUCAACAUCAGAAAAUUCAUACUGGUUUAAAACCUUAUAAAUGUAAUGAAUGUGGAAAGGCCUUUAGUCAUAGCUCAUACCUUGUUCAACAUCAGAAAAUUCAUACUGGCGAGAAACCCUAUGAAUGUAAAGAAUGUGGUAAGUCCUUUAGUUUUCAUGCAGGACUUACUCGACAUCAUAGAAUUCAUACUGGUGAGAAGCCUUAUGAAUGUAAAGAAUGUGGAAAAGCCUUUCGUCUUCAAACAGAACUUACUCGGCAUCAUAGAACUCAUACUGGUGAGAAACCCUAUGUAUGUAAGGAAUGUGGGAAGGCCUUUAUUUGUGGCUAUCACCUUACUUUACAUCUGAGAACUCAUACCGGUGAGAUUCCCUAUAAAUGUAAGGAAUGUGGGAAAACCUUCAGUAGUCGCUAUCGUCUUACUCAACACUACAGAAUUCAUACUGGUGAGAAACCCUACAUAUGUCAUGAAUGUGGGAAAGCCUUUUGUCUUCAAGCAGAACUUACCCGACAUCACAGAAUUCAUACUUGUGAGAAACCCUAUGAAUGUAAGGAAUGUGGGAAGGCUUUUAUUCGUAGUAAUCAACUUCUUACACACCAGCGAAUUCAUACCAAUGAGAAUACCUAUGAAUGUAAAGAAUGCAGGAAGAUUUUUAGUCGUCGCUAUAAUCUCACUCAACAUUAUAAAAUUCAUACUGGUGAAAAGCCCUAUACAUGUAAAGAGUGUGGAAAGGACUUUCGUUUUCAAACAGAACUUACUCAGCAUUACAGAAUUCAUACUGGUGAAAAACCCUAUAAGUGUACAGAAUGUGGGAAAGCCUUUAUUCGUAGCAAUCAUCUUACUCAACAUCACAGAAUUCAUACUGGUGAGAAACCCUAUGAAUGUAAGGAAUGUGGGAAGACCUUUAGUCGUCACUAUCAUCUUACUCAACAUCACAGAAUCCAUACUGGUGAGAAACCCUACAUAUGUAAUGAAUGUGGGAAUGCUUUUAUUUGUAGUUACCAAUUGACCUUACAUCAAAGAAUUCACACUGGUGAGAUUCCAUACGAAUGUAAGGAAUGUGGAAAGACUUUUAGUCGUCGGUAUCAUCUUACUCAACAUUUUAGACUUCAUACUGGUGAGAAACCUUAUGGGUGUAAAGAAUGUGGGAAUGCCUUUCGCCUUCAGGCAGAACUUACUCGACAUCACACAAUUCAUACUGGUGAGAAACCCUAUAAAUGUAAAGAAUGUGGGAAGGCCUUUAGUGUUAAUUCGGAACUUACUCGACAUCACAGGAUUCAUACUGGUGAAAAACCCUAUAAGUGUAAAGAAUGUGGGAAAGCCUUUAUUCGUAGUGAUCAACUUACUUUACAUCAGAGAAAUCAUAUUCAUGAGGAAACCCUAUGCAUAAUGUAAAGAUAAUACAAUGGUGUUUAGAAAAUGCCUUUUACAAUAGCAGAGAAUUCAUAAUUUGAGAAAUUUUUUAAUUCAUAGGGAACAUGGGAAUCCCUUUUGCUUCAUGCUCACAAUUGAACAGAAAUGGCUUUACAUGUUAAUUUAAAGAAUUGAAAAACUGUAGCAUCACUCAAUCCUGGUUAAACUGGCAGAUUGAUAUUGGUGUGGUGCAUGUCAAACCAUCAAGGACUUUUUCUUCUACAAACUGUUGUUGAACAUAAAAUGCAGUGGUAUUGGAUUACCAGAAAAAUGGAAUAGAAAGAAAACCUCACAUACAAAAUAAAAGCCCCAAUUUUUGAUUAUUGAAUUUAACUGACAUAAAUUAGCUCUCAAAUUGCUGGAAAGUUUCUAAAUACUUGCUCUCAGCUUCUGUAUCUUAACUCAGUGCAGGCCAAAAGCAAUUGUGGGCCAGUGUCAGCACUUGGACCACACUUUAUAUAGCACUGUAACAGAAAAAUGAUUCUAUUAAUAUAAUGAAUGUGGGAGAAACUAGAGCCAUGGCACAUCUUUGCUGUAAUUCUCAUAAUUCCACCUCUGCCUGUGUGGGUUUUGGCAAAGCCUUUCUCUGCUUUGGUUUUAAAAUAGUAAUAAUAGUACCUUCCUAAUAGUAUUUUUGUGAUGAAAUGCUAAUAAAAAAUAAAACCUUUAGAAGACUAUUUGGCACACAGCAUGUGCUCAGUAAAUAUUAUCAUUUUGAUCAUUAGUGAUACUGUUAGUAAAUUCAUGUAAAAGACCUUGUGGAUAUAAGGAGUUUGUAAAAAACAUUCAUUACCUUUUGCUCAAAUUUGGAUAAUUAAGUGUAGAUAAAGUCUAAUGAAAUACAGUAAACUUCCACUUCUAAAAUCAGAAUUCAUCUCUGAAAAUUAAUGUGAGGAAGAAUUCUCUAUAUUUGAUGAGUGUGAAGAUUAUGAGAGCUUUUGAAGAAUUAUAGAGAGCUAUAAUGUUUUUCCUUUUCAUAAUCAAAAAAGCAGCUCUGUCACAAUCUGCUUUUUUGCCCACAAUUCAUUGUAAGUUAGAAACUAACAACCAAAAGACCACUGUCCAUUUAGAAGAGUUAAAAAAAAUAGUACAUUGAACAUUGGUAUGUUCUCUCUGAUUCAGCAAUUGUUAAUAUAUAUUGUCAUAUUUGGUUUGCUUCUACAUAAGAUUUACAUAUUUUUACUGUCGUAUUUGAGUAUAAAUUGUAGACACCAUGACCUCUCCUAAUAAUAAAGGCUGCCUUCUACUUAAUUACCAUAGAGCUUCACACCUAAGGAGAUUAACAAUCAUUUCAUAAUCUGUAAUAUUCAGUCCAUAUUUUCUCAAUUAUGUGAAGAAUGAUUGUCAUGGGUUAUUUUUGAAAUUCAGGAACUAAAAUAAGUUCAUGAAUUGCAUUUGGUUAUGCAUUGUUAGUUUCUUUUUUAAAUAAAGAACAGUGCUACCCACCCUUGCAUCCUUAUCCAGGCAACUUUUUCCAACAUUGACUUUUUAAGAGUUUAGGAUACUUGUAGAAUGUCACAUUCUGGAUUUUUGUCAUUGUUUUUCCAAAGUGUUUUUAAAUGUGCACCUUUAUCCCCAGUAUUUCCCAUGAACUGGAAGUUAGGAGUAGAGAGCCAAUUAAGUGUACAUCAAAUCUUUUAGCAAGAUUACUUAAUAGGGGAUAUUUUAUAUUUCAAUUUGUAACCCAUUAGGUGGCAUACAAUGUCAUAUUAUACCACUAUGUUAUCCUACAUUCAUUGACUUGGUGUAGCAGAAUGUGCUUUCCAAAAAUGACCAUACCAAUAUAUCCCAUGCUACACGUUCACCUUACAAUGUAAUAUUGACCCUCCCUCAUCAAGAUGUAAGGAUCAUGGUCCUUCCUUUUGAAUCUGGGCAGACAGGCUUGUGUUUAUGGUAGGAGUGACACUAUGUGAUUUCCAAGACUGAGUCACAAAAGGCAGUACAGCUUCUGCCUGAUCCACUUGGGAUGCUUACCCUUGAAGUCCAGCCACUGUGCUAUGAAGAUGUCAAGUAACCACACAGAAAAGCUAAGUAAGUGUCUUGACUACAGCCCUAGUUUAGUUCCUAGGUAACAGCCAGCUUCAAGCACUGGGUAUGUGUGUGUGAGCAUUCAGAUGAUUCUCGUAGCCUCAGAGCUUCCCAGCUGGUGCCAAGUGAAGCAGAGACAAGCCUUCCCCCGUGAGCCUGCCCAAAUUGCAGGUUUAUGAGUAAAAUAAAUACUCUUUAAGCCACUAAA